UGGUGAUUGGCCAGUAGCUUUGCCUUAUCGAUAUAAUGAAAAGGAUGGAUGACCUUAAAAUACACAAAAUUACUACAUUUUAGGGGUGUGGUAAUGAAACAGAUUCUCCCAAGGUUCUCCUCCCUCCUAACUGAGCUGUACAAUGUGCUGGUCUUUCCUUUCUUUGUUGAAGAGCCAAUACUGAGCUAUGGUGAACCAUGGAAAUGAUUAAUUAUUUCAUAACAGAAAUUAAAGUAAUCAUUUUCAUCAGAAUGUUGCCCAGUUGUUAGAAAAAUUAGUCUACAGAAACAGAAGUCCUCCUUUAAUAUUAUUCAUGUUUCACAGGAGAGAAGCAUUCAGGAAGUCAGGAAAGAUGAUUUUUUGCAGAUGCCACUUGUAUAUUCAACGGGUGGGGAGGCAGGGAGUGGGGAGAGGUAGAACACUGUUUAAAACGCAAGAAGGGCCGUUUCUUCCACUGUACUAUUUCCACUUCUCCACCAAGAGAGAAUCAUUUUCAAAUAUUGCUGCUAUCUUUGUUCCUGAACUGAGGGACCUCAGCACCCAUUAUUAAACCAACUCACCUAUCACAUUGAUAAGUUAACACAGUUCUCCUAAACAUGGCUUACACCGUCUUCAUGUAAUUCUUUUCCUCAUUUUCCUACAAUUAUUGCUUCCUCCUCCUUUCCUUAUCUGUAUUUGAUUUUUCUCUCCUCUCUGAGUGUAAACUACUACUAUUAUUUCCACUUCCCCUCUGUCACUGGGGGGUCUCUGCUUUAGUGGUGUGCUCCUCCAUGCUUUAGACACAAAGAAGGAGGGGACAGCAAAUCAGAGGCAAUACUUGGGGUGCUCUAGGCCAGUUAAGAAGCCUUACAUUGGCUGAAGGGAGAUGCCUGACUACUUACACUGAGCUUUUGUUUAUCCAGAGCCAUGAUGAACUCCAACAAGAUGACCAUCAACUUGGCCCUCUUUGGCAUGACUCAAAGUGGAAAAAGUUCUGCUGGGAACAUUAUUCUGGGAAGCACUGACUUCCAGAGCAGCUUUGCUCCAUGCUCUGUGACCAAAGAUUGUAGCCUGGGCCGCAGCUGUCACUUCCGCAGCUUCAUGCGUCGAGGAGGGCAAGAGGUGACUCUGCAGGUCCAGGUGUUGGACACGCCGGGUUACCCGCAUAGCAGGCUGAGCAAGAAGCACGUGAGACAGGAGAUCAGGGAGGCCCUGGCACAUCACUUUGGGCAGGAGGGUCUGCACCUUGCACUGCUGGUCCAGAGAGCAGACGUGCCUCUCUGUGGACAGGAAGAAUCUUCCCCAGUCCAGAUGAUCCAGGAACUUCUGGGCCAUGCUUGGAUGAAUCACACGGCCAUUCUUUUCACCCAUGCAGAAAAAAUAGAAGAGGCUGGGUUCAAUGAAGAUGAAUACUUAUGUGAGGCCUCCGAAACACUGCUAAAGCUACUAAAUUCUAUUCAGCGUAGGUAUAUUUUCCAGUAUAAAAAAGGAAACUCACUUAGUGAACAAAGACUAAAAAUCUUGGAAAGAAUCAUAGAAUUUGUAAAAGAAAAUUGUUACCAAGUUCUUACCUUUAAGUAAGAUUUAGGUGAAAGGAAAAGGGCUUUGGGUUUUAGAGUCAGCAACCUGUAUUCAACGUGCCUUUGUGAGCAGGAAUGUGGACCAUCAGAAUUUCCAUAUGCUGCCAGUGAGCACGUACAUUGAUAUAACCACUUUGGAAAACUGUUUAGCAAUUAAAAAUAAGAUUUUUAAGGCAAACCCUAUGACACAGUAAUUAUAUAUGUCCAAAAGAAAUGUAUAUAUCUAUGCAUGUGUGUACAAAAAUGUUCAUAGCAGUACUACUUAUUAUAGCUAAAAAGUGGAAAUUACCCAAAUGUUCACUAAUGGUAGAACGGAUAAACAAAUUGUGGUAUAUUCACACUAUGAAAUAUUACGCAGUAAGGAGAAUGACCAAACUAAACUGCAUGUAACAAGAUCAAUGAAUUAUCCAAAUGUAACAUUGAAAGAAAGAAGCCAGACAUGAAAGAGUAUAUAUGAUUCAAUCUGUAUAAAUUUCUGAGUCAAAACUAAUGUAAAUUAAACUAUUUUGAUGUGACAAUCACAAGGAAGUCAAGCUACCCUUGUGGGGAGGAGGUAGAAGAGUGAGUGAAAGUAAGCACCAGGGUGGCUUCUGAGACUCCAGUAAUGUUCUACUUCUUGAUCCAGAAGCUGGUUUCACAGUGUGUCCCCACUGUGAAAAUCCAACAAGCAGCACUUCUGACUUAUGAACUGUAUACUACAUAUGCUAUACUUAAAUAAAAGUUAGAGAUGAAUAAUUAUACAAAUUUUCAAAACUUGCUCCACUGCUUACAUGAUGCUAAAAACUUACACCUGUGAAGGCCUAUUCCUCAUAUGAGAUAUCUACCUCAUAUUUGCUAUAAUCAUGAAACAACUUAGCACACAGUAGAUGCUCAAUAAAUGUUAACUUCCCUUUUCCACUUUCAUAUGAUCCCUGGCUCCUAUUUAGGAAUGGAAAUGUAGGUAAAAGCUCAGAGCCAAAUCCUGCAGCAUAAAUAAUGGAAAUAACUGUUAACCAAAUACAGAUAAAGUUUUGACUGAAAAAGAGGCUUCCAGUCUGCCUUGGAAGGUCAGUCAAUCAGGAUAGGGAGAAAGCUCCAGGAUAAUCUCAAAGACAGCAGUAAAGAUCAAAGGAAAUUAAUUUGAGUUAAUCACAAUAGCCAAGUUCAUCAACAAGUCAAAAUCAGAUCACCCCCAAGUUUAACAUUUGCACGAUUGUUAUCAUUUACAAGAUUCUUUCCUAAUAUAGUCUCCAAUUUACAGUUUGUUUGCAUAAAGUUAAUUUGUAAAUGGCUUUUUUUAGUGUGCAUUAUACUUUAUUUUCCACUAAAAACAAGAUUACAGCUGGUGGUUAUUCUCUCAGACUAGUCCUCAAAAAUGUACUUAAUGUUUAAUAUUACCUGAACUUCUAACACAAACCUAUAAAGUGCUUCUAGGAGAAAGAAUAAUACAAGUUCCAACUUGAAACAACAUCUCUAUUUCUCUGCAUGAUCCCCUUCUAUUGUUGUGGGUCCAGGAUUAUGAAGUGGGAACAUCAACAAUCAGGCUGAGUUUGUAAGUUAAGCAAAAAUCGACACUUCCCCAGGGGUUGGUGACUCACUGACAAAGAAACAGAUUUGAGGUCGAGAAGUUGAAACUGCAGUGACUCAUGAACAGAGUGGGAAAUAGAUGUUUGAAGUCCUUCAUACUCUUCAUGCAUGUGAUGUCAGAUAACUCUUCACAGAACACAAACACUUGUGAGCCUCAGGAGAGAUAUGUGGUGCAGAAUCACGAAGGAUUCAAGAUCUGUGAGCCAGGAGUAGUGCUGUGUCUUCUAGUUUCAAAGAGGAAGACCUCUGAGAUGUUCUUCCCUGAAUUAGUUUAAUUUGUAUAUACAUAUAUAUACAUAUAUUUUACAUAAAUCCCUGAAUAUGAUAUUAUAUAUUUGACUUUCUUUAGUAAUCUUAUAUUUUGCUUUUUUCAGGUAACUUUUACCUCUCCUCCUUUUCAUGCAAAUCAGCCAUUACAGAUAGGUCAACAAAAGCAUGGUAUACAUUAUAUUUUCUGCAUGGCCAGAUAAUCACAUACAUACAGAGUAUACACAUACACAUAAACAAAUAUAGGGUUGCUUUUAGUUUUCAUACUAUACUACUGCUUUUUUUUUUUUUAACAUCACCUCAUAUAAAUUCCUGCAACUCCAAAAUGUAGCUUAAACUCACCGUUUUUAAAGGCUGCAUAGCAGGAUGUACAUUUCUGGGAGCAUAUGUAACAAAUUUAUGUUAACUAUUUCUCCAUUUAUAUGCAUUCCAGUUUUCUGCCAUGCAAAGUCAUCCUGUACAUAUUUAAUAUUGAUUUCUCUUCUGUAAGUUAUAUUCCUAAGAGUGAGAUUUAGGCUAUAGCAUAUAUACACUUUAAUAUAUCUUUUAAAAUAUAUCUUACACAGUUUCUAUUCAUAAAUGUUGCAACAAACUUAAUUUUCAACAACAGCAUUUGAGAACCCUUUUCCUAUAUUCAGGUCAUCAGUGUUAUUAUCUCACACAUGAACUCGGUAAACAAAAUCAUACCUUGCUUACCACUUACCUUAAUUUGCAUACUCCAGACUACUAUCUAAUUAGAGCAUUUUUAUAAGCAGGUUUGUCAUUUACUCUUCUAUGAACUGCCUCUUCACAUUAUUUCUUUUUUGUCAUUUCUAUUCGAUCACUUCGCACAAAGUUUCUUUGCUUGACAAAAACUUCAGUCAGGCUCCUGAACUUUCUAGGCCCGUCUGUGCCUAACAUAGUUUUGUUAAGAACCUUGCCAACAAGUCAGUUACCAAACUCUACCCACAAUAUCUGAUCAGGUUCCUUGUCUAAUCACCCUGGUCUGUCUUCAGCAAAGACCCUGUUGGGUGGGUUUACCCAGACACACUCUGACCCUUCCUUGUGUUCAAUAUUUCCCUCUUGGUAAUUUCCCAGCCUGUUCCUUGGCUAUAAAUUCCCACCUGCCCAUGUUGUAUUCAGAGUUGAGCCCAGUCUUUCUCCCUCACAGUAAAUUCCCAUACGCGUAGUCCCUAUACCUAUCUUGAUGAUCCUUUCUUAUCAUCAAGUGUCACUGAAUAUGUUUUAACACUUCCUGCUUGGUAAGUAGGAAGAAAUCUACAUGUAUUACAGAUAUUGGCCCAGUCUUUCAUGUUGUAAUGUUUUUCAAUUCUGUUAUUGUCUUUCAGUUUUGGUUAUGGUAACUUUAGCCAACGUGAAUUUAGUCAUACAUUUCUAUGUACAUGCUACAAAAUGGUUUUAGAUUCAUUUCCUUGUUGAUGGGUUACCAAUGGGUAUAUAGGUAUAUAUCUUCUUUACUUCUAGAUCUACUCUAUAUUCUUAGUUCUUUUCCAUUAUCUAUUUGCUAUAUAUUAUAUCAAUACCAUAAUGAUUCAAUUCAAAUGAUUUUUAUAUCCUUCCUUGAUAUCUACGAGGGCAAGUUUCCCUUGUUCUUUCCUCAACGUAUUUUCUGAUUACUCCCAGUCAUUCAUUUAUAUAUAUUAUUUUAGAUCUCAUUUUAAUUUCAAAAAACUUAUUUUGCACUGUAUUUAUGACAAAUGACAUUUUAAAUAUUAAAAAUGACAUUUUGUAAUGAUUGCACCCAAGUAUACAAGAUGUUUCUCCAUGUUUAUUAUUUUAAUAUUACUGAAUUUCUUACAUUUUUCUUUUCCUUAGUUUUGCCAAUUUGAUAAAGUUGCUAUUCAGUUUUUCUUCUCAAUACGAAGUUCUACUCUUAAUUUAUACCAAUUAAGAAUUAUUUGUCUCUGAAUUCAGAAUCAAGUACUUCUCUACCAUUGUUUGGUAACAAAGAACUGUUUCCCUAAGAACUCUAUCCCCAAUACAUUAUCCCCUCAACCACCUUUAGAGCACUUCCCUCCAGUACUCUUGCCUGGAAAAUCCCAUGGAUGGAGGAGCCUGGUGGGCUGCAGUCCAUGGGAUCGCAGAGUCGGACACGACUGACGUGACUUAGCAGCAGCAGCAGCAGCAGAGCACGUCCAUUUCCUCCCUAUCCUUUUCUCUUAACCUCAUUUUUCCUAUGGAAGAAGUCUCAGUAAAUUUUUUACUUUCCCCUUCUUGCUAGAUUUUGCUCAUUAUUUAAUUCAAGAUUUCCCCUUACAGAUCACCCCUUAUAUUUCAAAAGUCCUUUCUUGCCAUUUACAUUGAGCAUUCGUUUACAUUCUCUCUUUUACUCACUUAAUAUACAAAUAUUAGACGGUCCAUUCCUUACCACUGUUUUCUUUUCUCUCAUCUUCCCCUCAUCUUUCUAAUUACUGCAUUUUCCUAAAACACCUGCAUUCUAGCAUAGCAUCUCAGAGGCAUUAGUUACACAUAUGGUCUUCCAUGAACCACUCUGCAAUAACAAUUCUAGCUCUUCAUGAUAAUCAACAUAGUGGAUGUAGGGAAAUGAUUGCUUAGUUGGUAUUGGGGUUGUUAAACCAUAGUAGCAAGACACUGAAGCAAACACCUGGCUGCUGUGCCACCUAAAGCCUACUGGAUUUUUCUGGAUGAGAGUACAUGUGUAUCACUGAAUAAACUUACCACUGUUUUUGUUGCUAA